AUGAAUACUGAUUUUAUGUCUACCUCUUUAAUUAUUGUUGAAACUUUCCGUCAAACUACUAGAACAUCUACAAGUACAGUAUUGUCAACGAUUAGCAAUGGUCUUCUUGAUCUUAAACGUCUUGAGAAUGUAAGAAACUCAAUCAAUCAACAAAGUCGCAUAGCAAAAUUGAAUGCUAGUGACUUUAUUUUUGAUUUUAUUUCUGCAACAACUGGUAUAUCCAAAGGAACUGGAGGUCGUACUGUGCAAGCUUCAGCAUUCAACUUUCCUGGUGCUAUUGGGAAUGGUGUAGCAAUGACGGUUGGAUAUUUAAGUGCUUGUGGUAUCAAUCUUCCACAUACUCAUCCUCGAGCUACUGAAAUAAAUUUCUCAGUCGAUGGAGACUUCGACGUUGGAUUUCUCCAAGAAAAUGGAGUUGGUUUUAUCAUGAACACUGUGCGUCGUGGUAUGGCAGCUGUUUUUCCUCAAGGAGCUAUCCAUUUUGAACAAAAUUUGAACUGUGUUCCAGCAACUUUCGUAGCAGCUUUCAACAAUGAAGAUCCAGGAGUAUUAACUAUAGCCAAUACAUUCUUCGGUGGAUUACCAGCAAAUGUUGUUGGAGCCUCACUUGGUGGUUUGAAUAUAACAACAAUAAAUGAUAUUCGAAUGUCAGUAGCUCAAAAUCCAUCAGUUGGUAUUGAAGAAUGUAGAAAACGAUGCGGUUUAUCUUGA